AAACAUAUAUAAAUUUAUAAAUUAUUAGUGAACAUUUUUGUAUACCUGUAAGAAUUCCGCCAAAAAAAAAAAAAAUAGAAAUUGUUCAUAUGAAGUUUCAACGAAAUCCCAUGCCACGACUGUUUGGCGACUUUCUGUGUCUCCUAAUAAUACUCGUACUUUGGCCCCUAGUCUUUAUAUAUGAUUUCAUCGUGGUACUGCCGGCAAUAAUUGAGCGGGACAACAUUUUACACAUAUCUGCGGUAGUUUUAUUUAUAUUCUCAUUUGUCAAUAUGAUCGCAAAUCUAAUGGCAUGCACCGUGGUUGACACAGCCGUUGACCGGGAAGUUAAAGUACCGCUUGAUGAGGCGGCCGAGUGGAAAUAUUGUCAAGUGUGCGAUUGUGCAACACCUCCCAGGUCGUGGCACUGUAAAUUUUGUGAUGUUUGCAUACGAAAACGCGAUCAUCACUGUGGAUUCACGGGCUGUUGCAUUGGCCAUCAGAAUCAUCGAUAUUUCAUCUUCUUCCUCUGGUAUCUUUUCGUUCUGUCGGCAGUCGGCCUGGUCUUUAAAGCAUGCUAUAUGUGGUCGAGCAACGAUUUUAUGCACUGCUGGAAGGCGUCAAUGGAGCUGACACCCAUCAUCUUAAUAACUGGUUGCGGUGUUUGGAUUCAUGUUCAAUUCAUCAUAAUUGUGCUGAACGCUUUCUCAUUAAUAUGCGGAUUCCUUGGAUUGGUGUGCCAAAUACCCAUGCUAUUGCGCGGCGAGACGUGUGCCGAGAAGGGGAAACAAACCAAAUAUAAUUGCGGCGUCUCCUAUAAUCUGAAAACUGUAUUCGGCGAACGGAUGCAUGUCGCCUGGAUAUGUCCAUGUAUCGAAAGCCAACUGCCUGAUGACGGUUACACAACCAAUCAUGAAUUUAACGCAAAGAACUAAGUCGAACUGGAGAAGACUGGACGAAAUUAUCCCUCCAAAAAUAUCAUUAAUAUAAACAAAAGUAUA